UAUUAUUUUGCUUCCGGUUGAGAACAGUAUGCAAAGAAGGUAUACAAACAUCAUUUAGAUCAGGAGAGAUCAAACGCUACUAUCUGAUGUCCCAAUACUGAGCUUGUGGAAUGUAGCCACAGUGUGUGUGGUGCCACUAUAACAUGCCUUCAUGAGCAAAGUUUUGUCUCUACACCUUCAACAAGAAGUACAGCUAAGAUUCCUUUGUCCAGGGGAUUUAGUUGAAGUAAAGAAACUAUGCGCUGACUGGUUUCCUAUAGAGUACCCUGAUUCCUGGUAUGAUGACAUCACAUCCAGCUCACGUUUCUUCUCACUGGCAGCUACUUAUCAUUCCCGUAUUAUUGGACUUAUUGUAGCAGAAAUCAAACCAAAAGUCAAACUGAACAAAGAGGAUGCCGAUAUUUUGGCAACAUGUUUUCCACCAACUGUCCAGGUGGCCUAUAUUUUAAGUCUUGGAGUUGUAGAAGAUUUCAGGAGAAACGGAAUCGCGUCACUUCUAUUGGAUAGUUUACUAUCUCAUCUAACAACAAAGGAAUUUUUUAACUGUAAAGCUGUAUAUUUACAUGUGCUUGAAUCAAAUGGUGACGCUUUAAGAUUUUACGAGCGACGCAACUUUCGACCUCACAGUUUCCUUCCAUAUUAUUAUUUCAUACAAGGAAAAUCAAGACAUGGUUACUCAUAUGUUUUAUAUACCAAUGGAGGACAGCCACCUUGGUCCGUUCUUGAUUAUAUUUCACACUGCGGAUCUGUUUUAGCCAAACUAACACCCUGCGCCUUUCCAAGACAAGUCUAUCAGGCACUUCGCAGUUUGAUGCAGAAAUUUGUUGUGGUAUCGCGCCAGACAUCUCAGGAACAACAUGGUAGAUAAGAAGAUUCAUCAGUGUUAGAUUUCAAUAUUUUUUGAAAAAAACAAAACAAUAUUCAUAUUUAUUCAAUGUACAGCAACACAAGAUAUGAUCUUUUCUCGAUUUUAAAUGUUGCAAUGUAGUUGACCGAAUAGAAAAGCGUGUUUGUGAACAUCGACACACCAACAAAAAGACUGUGACAUUAUUUUUUUUUACUGAUUGAGCAUUCUUGAGUUAUUUAUAUAACAGAAGGAAAAUGGGGCUUUCUUUUUUGUUUAUAUGCAGAAUCAUGUACAUGGGUUUUAUCGGGGAUCGUAGAUUUAAAAAAUACCACCAUUUAUUGAUGAAUCGUUGCAGCCCUGAAAGAUGUUAUUAAUAUUUGUGUGAAGUUCAAAUAUAAUUUUUGAAAAUAUAUAAAUUCUAUGAGCUGAUUGGACAGGCUUCUAUGUAACAACAUGUUCCAGUUUCAAAUCCCUUGACGUACAGAAAGAGAAACAUUUCUUGUAUUGCUGCAGAAAUAUUUAUUACAUUUCAGAUAUUUGGACUUUUUUUUAUUCUAUGAUAAAUUUUAUUAUGUUUUUAGUAAGACUGUAUGUACAUGUAAUAUGUUCUUUUUAUUCUAAUUAGUCAUUAAAGAUACAUUAUGUAAUAUUUAGAUAUAGAGCUCAUUCUUCUUGCUAUAAUAGAUUAAAAAUUUAUGAUGAAAAAUGAAUAUAUUGAAAAUUUUAGUCAAAUUACUUUAUUCUGAGAAGAAUUAUGAGUGUUUGAAGUUUUGACAAGGAAUACGAAAUGAAGGAGGUAAAUACAGCCCAAUUUCUGAUAAAUGAAGCUUGAUUUAGACUCUGUCUAGCGAAUUCAGCUUUUGGGAAUUACAAUAAAACCAUGGUGUUACAAGUUAGCCUAACAUAAUCUCUAGUAUGGCCAAUUAAGUGUAAUAGUCAACUCUUUUCUGAACAAGUAGAAUAAAUAAAUAUGAAAAUAGAAAAUUAACAAUUAACUAAAUAUGAAAAUAUAUUCAUGUAAUACUGGGUAUGUACAAAUUUCUUGUUUCCUUAAUUGUUUCACUUGGUGUUGCAUAUUGACAGAUUUGUGUCAUUUUUGGAAUGGUACCUGGAUCAUCUUGAUUUCAUUAAUAUCUAAAAAAUAUCAGUAAAUCUCAAUGAAAAUGAUUCAAGUUGAAUAUAGUUUACGGUUUGUUAAAUAAUCUUUAACACACUUAACACUGUUAAUUGGCUCCCCAAAACAACACAGAAUUCUUCAAUAGAAACGGACAAGUGUAAAUCGAAUAUUUCGUCCAAGGAUUAAUAUAUUAUUUGGUCAUGAUCUAUAACUGUGUUGUCUACAAUUUCAAGUACCAUUUCCAUGAUCGACAUCCAUUUUAACGUUAACCGAUUAAAUGGUGCAGAUUGUCUAAUCCAUUUAAUAUCUAAACCAUGCGAUAAAUUUGAUUAUGGGAUUGUCACUUGGAGAAAUUUCUAAAUAAUAAUUUAUAUUAUAUUUAAAGCUUGAAGAAAAAGCCUGCAACAGGCAUAUUUAGCUCUCACAUAAUGCAUCUUUAAUGUUUUCAUAGAUAGUGAUGAAACAUUAUUAUUAUUUAGGAAAGUUAUGUAAUAAUAUCUUGAGUGGAUUUUAAAGGAAAAAUGAAAUUUAUUACAAGGAUUUAAAAUAAUUUUCACCAAUGUUAAUGAAUCUAUAUAUAAAUAUGAGAAACCAAAUCUAUUUUUUAUGAAUAAUAGCUGUCUGGAAAUAUUUUUGGUGUGUACCUACAUGGCUUGUAUUGAAUCUUUAAGCUAUUAUUAAAUGUAAGUUUAUUUAAUUGUUUUUUCAAUAUAACAACCUCACAAUGAUUUAAAAGUUGGAUUCUUUUUUGAGGUUAAAUUUAUUUGUGUGAGAUUUGAAAGAUUGGUGAAAAAGGCUCAGCCAUACAAAUAGGCUAUUAAUAAAACUCAAAAAUUUGAAUUGGUUAUUCACCAAGCAAUUACAUGCGUUGAAAACCAGUCUGUCCCACCCAUAAUUAUCUUCAAUAUUUAUUGCAGAGCUUUCUCUUCAAAAUUUUGCCCUUCAAGUGAUUUGUUUACUUCAGAUUAGCAAGAUAUUUUUCAAAGAAUAUGAUCAUUUUGGUAUUAUCCCAAUUUCUUAAUAUAUUCGUAAGUGUUUUUGCACAUAAAAACUGUAUAUUUCACUGUAUUUAUUGUGUGUUAUAGUUUAAUUCUUUGAAUUUCUAAUUUCAUGACACAUAUAUUGGCCUACAGUUAAAUUCUCAUGGCUAUCAAUUUCACUGCCAUUGAAACUGAGCCUUGUUUUGAUAUUGAAGUAUGGUACUGAAGUAAAACAUGGCAGAAAUAUGUUUCCACUAAGUCACAGAAUCAUAAUAUUCAUCAAAUUCUAGCUCAGAUUGAAAUAGGAAUCAAACUUUAAAUUUGGUAAUGAAUUCUGAUCUGUAAUAGAUUAAUUCAUCCAUAUUACUGGAUAUUAUCACUUAUAAACUUUGAACACAGUAUAUUAUGACACAUAAAAUGUUUAUUUUUGCUCUCAUACAAUGUAGGUAAAAAAUAUGAAAGUGAUACUUCUUCCUUAAUAACCUUAUAAAUUUUAAACUGAAUAGAGGUAAAGCAUUACAUUUCAAAAAUUAUUCCAAAUGUACCCAGUACUAGAAACAAGAAAAUCCUACAGUUUAACUGGAAUUAAAAAUGAGUAAAUAAGUAUAGCAAUAUAAAUGUAAUAGUUUGGGAAUGUGCACUUUUAUGUUUGGAUUGUUAAAUAAAAACCUCCAUGUUGGACUGAUUUUAUUAGGUUUUGUAUAAUAUGUAUUAUUAUUGUAAGUUAGUUGACCCGUUGUUCAUGUUUUCAUUGUUGAAAUUGUAUAUAAUAAUGUUAUAUGAUAUAUGUAUAGAGAGAAAAAACAAUAACCUAUUUGUCUAUUUAUUGUUUAGAUUUAUCUUUGUGCAAUUUAUUUUAUAUAUUUAUAGAUUAUCAACUUAUUUAAAUCAUACCUGAAGAGUUUUAUGAGCACAUUAUCUUGAACAUGUUCCAUUAUUGUAGAUAAUAUGGUUUUGAAAAAAAAAUCUGACACAAUUGUUCACAUUAUAGGAAAAUGUAUUAAUGGAUUUGAAGACGACAGCCUGUUUGAUUUGGGUUACGAAGAUAGUGCCGGUUUUGAAAUAUAACAUAUUUUGUGUUCAACAGUCGAUAGCGUUAGUCACAUAUGAGACUAAAAUAAGUAAACAAAUAGAAUUCUGCUUAAUAUUUCAAUAAUAAGUUUUUAAGCAAAAACAAAGUGAUUUUGUGACCUUGACCUUUGCCUCUCAUGGACAUCAUAGUUCGGGUCUGGUUGACAAGAAAAUCUAAACAUUAUGCUGUCCUAAUGCAUAAAAUGAAACCGAAUGCUGUUUUUUUUUCUUUUUAUUUCAAUACAGAUCUUUGCUUAUCAUAAAGUACAUACCUAAUAGUUAUUUUCUGGAAAUAGGCCUUUCAACUGAUGUGAAACUUUGUAAAUUGGGUUUAAAGAAAUAAGUACAAGUUCGGUUGAACAUAUAAAAAAUAGUGGAUAUCCUUUAGUGGGUAACUUGUAUAUUGUCAUAAGCAUUUCAAAUUAACUAAUAUUUAUAAUAUAAUUCUCUACUACAAUAUGAACACAUUCCUGAUUAUCUUCAUAGUAAUAGGGGUGCAAUCCUGUAUAUAUAUAUAUCUACUUUAUUAUUUUGGGUUUGAAUUCUGUACAUUUGAUCUAAACAUCUCCCAAGAAAAAUCUGAACUUUAUGCUACGACAGUGAGAUUUUUUUACAUAAAUGUGAAAUGACUAAGAUGAAAUGCUCAGACAGGAAAAUUAAGAGAAUCUUUGUUUCUUAUGGAUCCAAAAUUAUUUCUGGAUGUACAAGGUUGGUUGGUCUGUAGGUUUAAUGUCCACCUCCAACAAGGUGUGUGUUUUUAGUUAAACCCCUUAAAAAUUAGAGUUACUAGAGAAUGACAAGUUUUGACCAAGUCUUCUGUCAAGAAAAACGACCACCUCGCAUCACAAUUGAGGAUGCUAGUGCAAUAAAGUGGAGAGUGCCAUUUCACACAAUCUGCCAAAAAUAGUAUUUUUGCAUAUUUUUAAACCAGAACACUAAAAUUGACAUAUACUGUGAUAAAAAGAUAAAAAUGAACAAGUUCAUUAGCAAAAUUUGCUAAAAAUGGAUUUAUUUUAAUAAAAAAAAUUAAAAAGAUCUGAUCUUAUUUAAAAACAAUGGCACUUGUCCAGGUUAUUGCACUAGCAUCCUCAUUUAAACGUGCAUAAUAGGUGAUCACUUUGUAAUUAUCUUUGCAUGAUGAUAUAUUUAUAAAGGAGAGAUCAUACAUCUACAUGUCCAGUAUAAAAAUAGAUUGAGUAUCUCACUUUGUUCGGUUGUGAUGGUCAAGAUUUACUUGCACAGAUACUAGUUAUCAGCACAAAUGUAAUAUAAUUUAAUGUUUAUUAGCAGGAAAAGCACAAAUACGAUUUAAUAAAUAUCUGGAGACUUUACAUGUAAUCAUAUUUUAUAUCUUCAAACUGAGCCUAAAUAAACAACAUUUGGAGUUAGUAGCACAAACUUGUAUUUCAAUUUGAGACUUCUGUAAAUAAUUGCUCAGAAUAUUAAGUCUCCAAAAAUGAUCAUAUUAUAAACACUUGAAAUUAUAUUGAAUGCCAUGGAAAAAAAAACCUGAAAGAAAAACAAAAGUAUGUGCUAGUUUUUAAACAGUUAUUUAUGUGUAUUUUAUUGUAUAUAUAUUGAAUACCGAUCUUAUAACAAAUGUGUAUAAAUAGAAUGUUGAUGUAUAUUUAAAUAAUCUGUUAAUUAUAUUUUGUCCAUAAACAAUUAAAGCUUAUGUAUAAUUUAUUAUAUAUUUAUUCUAUUCUAUAGAAAAGUCAAAAAGUGAUAGGAAGAAAUGUAUUUAUUAGGACAUUCUUUAAAAAUUGUUUGAAUAUUUAUGAAAGGUCUAAAAAGAAAUGUUUAAACAUUCUUUUUGGGAUAGGAAACUUUUUAUUUUAAAGUACACUGUCAUCAUCUUUGGUCAUCCUAUUAACACUUAGUAAGAUAAACCCAUUAAAAUUGAUAGGUGUGCGUUUUGUGCUGUGUUAUUACCCCAGUAUAAGAAACACACUCUCAUGUUCUUACCUCCAUGGGUUAAUUCCAUAGACGUACAGAAAAUAAAGAUGAAGCUGGGCGUAUGUUUUACUGUUUAUCCUAGAUUUAAUGGAUUUGUUAAGGUCGGUCAAUUUAUUUUAGAAUGGUCACACUGAACUAUACUAUUGUAAAGACUCACGUUCUAAGUUAAAAAUCACUACACAUUAGAGUACACUUAUGUAAAAUUUAUCUGUGGUUGUAUGUGUGUAUGUAGAUUUUAUAUAGAAUAGAAAUGUUAUAAAUAAAA